CCUAUGACAACAGCGUUAUGCCUUUAUUCAUCGGUAUUCAUGCGCUUUGCAUGGCAUGUGCAACCACGAAACAUAUUACUGUUCGUUUGUCAUCUCACAAAUGUCACUGCACAAUCCACUCAGAUGGCUCGAUUUCUGAAUCACUACUAUUUGCAUCUCAUCGAAGAUCCGGCAAUUGCUUCAGUAAAGCAGCAAAAGUCUGAAGCUGAGCUAGCGGCUUUAUCUGCUUCUCAAUGA